CUAAAACAUGCGGGCAAAACGAGAAAUUCUUGUCUUAUUCUGGCUUCUUUCAUCUUAUUAUUACCUGAUAAAAAGAAGGAGAUCGCAUAAAAGAUGGAUUAAUAGAAGAUGGCAUACAAGACCAAUUAAUAAAUUAAGGCACCAAUUUGGUCAUUACAACACUCUUUUCCAGGAAUUAAAAAAGGAUGAGAGCAUGUUCUUUAAAUAUGUAAGAAUGUCUAAUGCAAGUUUUGAAAAACUGCUACAACAAUUGCAACCUCACCUCAUAAAACGAAGUCAUAGAGCAUUGCCUCCAGAUCAGAGAUUACUAAUCGGGUUAAGGUUUCUUGGAACUGGAGACCAAACAACAUCUAUUGCUUUAGAUUUUCGAGUAGGAGAAUCUACAGUCAGAAUGUUAUAUAAAGAAAUAUGCUCUAUUAUAAUGAGAAUUUUGCCGUCAAUGUAUCUCUCUCCACCAACAGAACAGCAAUGGAUCCAUAUUGCCAAUAAUUAUUGGAAAAGAUGGCAUAUGCCAAAUUGUUUUGGAGCAAUCGAUAGCAAGCACAUCAUAUUGAAAUGUCCGCCUAAUUCUGGAAGUUCUUAUUAUAAUUACAAAAAACAACAUAGUAUAAUAUUAAUGGCUGUGGCCGAUUAUAGAUAUAAGUUCACAUUAGUUGAUAUAGGAGCUUACGGGGAAAAUAGUGAUGGAGGCAUUUUUGUAGACUCUGAAAUAGGAGAAAGAUUGAGAAAUAAUAAUCUUAACGUACCAAAUGGUACGGCUGCAUUGCCUGGCUGUGAUAUAGCAAUACCUGGAUUUUUCGUGGCAGACGAUGCCUUCCAACUUUCAAAUAGAAUAAUGAAGCCAUAUUCUGGCAAACAAUUAUCGGAUAAACAAAAAAUCUUUAAUUACAGAAUUUCAAGAGCUAGACAAACAAUAGAAAGUGCUUUUGGAAUAUAUAGUAAUAAAUGGAAUAUAUUUCAUAAAGCUUUAUGUAUGUUACCUGAAACAGCAGAUAUAGUAGUGGCAGCUUGUGUUUGUUUACACAAUUUCAUUAUGACUGAAGAAGAAAACAAUGGAGAAAAACUGUACAGUCUAGAAUUCUUACACGAUAUUGAUGGGAACAUGUGCAGAAAUACACACUGGUUUUCAAAUGACACACAUUCACAAACUUUAAAUACUCGUGCAGGUUUGGUACAAAGAGACUUACUAUGUGACUAUUUCAGAACUUGUGCAGGUGAAGCGGGAUGACAAUAUGAUUUUAUAAGAAGAGGUUUAUAUAAAGAAUAAACAUAAUCAAGUUUAAACAAUAAACAUGUUAUAUUUAUUAUAAACGACAGAACUUGUGAUUCCAACUUAUGUUUACAAUCUUCUUUAAUAUGUUGUAACUUAAUAAAAACAUGGUUUUGCUUAUAACUUUAUCGUCCAACUUUAUUUGAACCUGAAAUCGUUUAUAAAAAUUUUAAUAUGUCGCCUAAUAUGUAAAUAAAUAUUUAUUUAUUGUUUAUAUAUUAAUAAUUUAAUAAUAAUAAUUUUGGUUGAUUAUAAUUUCCACUUACCCAACAGCAUUUUUUUUUUA